AUGCACCAGAACCACAUCCUAGACCAUGGUGAUGAUCUUCCUUGCAACACACUGCAACAACCACCACUCUACCAGGGCAGCUCCACCAUCCACCACCACCACAACUGCCAUGUAACCACCACUACAAUUGGUACUGACACAAAUUUGAAUUCAAAUUCAAAUCACUUGAUAUCAGGUAUGUCCCAACCUCAUCUCUUACCCACUCCCCAUGCUUCACCACCUUUUCUAGCAACAUGUCCUAUGAUCACAUCUGAUUCUCAACCAUCUCAACCUAUCUUAACUAAGUCAAAUUUCAAAACCACCAAACCUUCAAAUCAAUCUGCAAACUCUGAAAAGCUUAUCAAAGAAAGUUCACGUGUCCCAUCUACAUCCCCUUUACACAAUGGUCCAACAAUGAAUCCAUCUCCCAUGCCUAGUCACCAGCCCUCACCAAAGACUAAUUCCACUCAACCUCUCACCCUUGCCUUGAAUGCACCCACAGAGUUUUCUCCAUCUACAUAUACACCCCAACCACCAGAUCCCCAACCCAACCCUCCCUCUUAG